CGUCUAUCCACUACAACGUUCGCAAGCAGCGCCGAAGUGCAGCCAAACAGUUCGUGCGAAUCCGCAAUGCGAAAACGUCGACGCAGCGCUGCCACGAGGAGGAAGAACGCGCUGGACGUUUGUCGAGCAGGGCGAAAACGUCCGGCGUAAGAAGAAGAGGAGGAAGAAGACGAAGAAGGACGAGCCUCGCCAUGGAGCAGCGUUCCUCUGGAACUCCGGCGAAGACCGCGAAAGGUGCGACGGCCCAACGAAAAUCGAGACACAGUCGUCGCACCGGUUCGCCCGCCCAGAAAGCCUCGAAGCCGAAAAAGCACCGGGAACCGGCUGGGCAGCCUGCUGCGCUCGACGCGAGUGCGCCCACCCAGCUCGCACCCGCCGCCCAAGACAGCCCCGCGGACUCCCGCCCGGGUCCUUCGCCCAAGCGUAGCGAUUCCAUCGGCAGCAACUCGCUGGCUCGCAUGAAAGACCUGGCCCUGAGUGGCCGGGAAGACCAGCGUCGCCCCUCCGAGUCGUCGUGGCGGCGUGCGAAGGUGGCGGGGAUGUCGUGCGCCCGCACCGCGACUCCACUCUGUGUCUUUUGUGUGGCGCUGGUCGGUGCCGGCGUGCUCACCGCCUUGAUCCUCGGCUCCUCAGCGACGCGCAAGGCCCGUCAGAUGGCCUUCCAGUACAAAGGCUGCACGACCAGAGGCUGCCAGGAGCACUUGGAGCACCUGUCCAAUACCCUCAAGAAGACCGUAGACCCGUGCAGGGACCCGAUGGCCUACGUAUGCGACAAAGUGCGCUGGCGGAGCGAGAUCGUAUCGGACGCGCUCACCGACACGCUGGUGCGCUGGUACGAGCUCGGCGCCACCUUCCUCGGAAAGCAGCGAAGACCAUCGCGUGAGUGAUGCGCGCAGCUGUGUAGCUCGGCUUUUGUCUGUAUGCUUUUACGAAGGUG